AUGUCUGAGGAGUACAUCACCCAGUACCGCUCGUGCGCCUACAUUCUUGGCCCUGAAGGAACCGCCCGCCUCUACGAUUUUCAAGGUGUCUAUAUUCUUGACGGCGGACACGCCGAGAAGACCAUCGAUUUUCUGCAGAAUGUGCGCAGCAUUUGCGGUGUUUAUUUGUCGGCGCCGACGAAGAACACCAUCGGCACCGCGUACGCGUUGGCACAGAAGAAUCGCCUCACGCCGCUGAUUGCGAACGUGCCGAAAUUGAAGGCGUCGAAGCCGGGCACCACCGGCGCCGCGCUUCACGAGAUCCAACAGCAAUCGCAUCGCGCUGAUGACAUCAAACCGGUGUUCCAUCCCAAAUACGAGCCAUAUUUGAUUUAUCGGUCGCUCGACAAGGGAACGCUUUACAUGUACGUGUUGGCCGGCGACGUGAAAGACGGCGAAGCGAUUGCGAAAGCUCUUCAGUCGGGCAACGAGGAGCACGUCGAGAAGGCGGCCGCCGAGCACGGCACCGUCGCCGUCCUCUUAUGGAAGCCGGUGCACAAGGAUGAGCGCGUCAGUCGCGUUCUGCUCACCGGCACGUGUUCGAUGGCGCGAAUUCAAGCGUCGCUCGACAGAGCCGCGAAAUUUUUGCCGUUCUUGAACAAGGCCGUCGUCACAUCGCAUGAAGCGUUUUCGGCGAUUCCGCCGCCGCCAUCGCUCGCCGCGCCGCCGCCGCCGCCGCUCUCGAGGGGAGACGCUGGCCGUGGUGCUGCAGCUUCUCGCUCGGACUCGAAACCAUCGCUAUCUCGUCCAGCUACCUCGACGCGCAGCACACCGUCCGCUCCAACCGCUCCGCGAACGGCCGCCUCGCGCCCGUCGGCGCCGGCGCCACGAACACGAGCGGCUCCAACUGGUGCGGCUCCGCCAACUCGCCGAGCUCCACCACCAGCAGCUCCGUCAGCUAAUGGACGCCGAAAAGUUGAAGAAGUUGUCCAGAAAACGACUGUAAGGGGAACUCAAAGAGCUGCACCAACUUCGACGCGAGCACCGCCAGCGUCAAAACCCGCUGGAAAACCAUCGAUUCCCUCGCGAGAUGACGCGAAAAAGUCUACGACCGCUCCACUAGCCAAGAAGCCAUCGGCCCCAUCGGCUCAACAACCCGUCGCCGCACCACCAUCGGCUGCUCCCGUCGCCGUUCCGCCGGUCGUCGUCGAUCUCGAUGAUUCGGUGGUGUGUUUAGACGAUGUGCCAACGAAACCGCAUGCGCCGUCUCUUGAUAUUGUGGUGAUACCGCCGACGCCCGAGCCGCCGCGUGAGACUCCCGACAUUCUCAAUGAUGUCGACGGCACGAGAAAAGAAGAGGAGCCGCAAACGAAGCCUGACGACGUUGAGCCCGAAAUUCCGCCGCCAAUCGACGUCACGAAGAAGCCUGAUCCGAUUGAGCCGACGCCGCCCGAGCCGAUAGCGCCGACACCACACAUCGAUCCAAUUCCCGAGCCGAUUGUGCCAACUCCACACAUCGAUCCGACGCCACCAGCUCCUAUUGAGCCCGAAGUCGCCGUUCCCUUCACUCCGCAAGUUCCAACUCCUGUUGUUGAUCCUUCUCUUGUCAUUAUUGACGAAAAGCAGCCAGCUGAAGGAUUUGAUCAGCCAAUUGAGCCGCAGAAGCCAAGAGACGAUGGAUUGUUGCCCGAUUGCGGCGAGGAGAUUCCAGUGCUCAAGAAGAUCAGCAUGGAUACAGAUCGGACGACAGACGAGGCUCAAUCUACUACCCCUGUGCAGGCUGCUGCUGUCGGUGAGGUGACGAUGCUCGCCGACGAUGUUGCGCGAAUGAGCCUCGACGGCGCCGAGGCGCUUGGAGAGCAAACGGCCGAGUAUGUGCGCAAACUCAGCGCCCAGAUGAUUCAUGAUGCAGCGACGCCGUUCACCAGCGGGUUUGCUUCAAAUAUAGUCGACGAUUUUGGAAAGGCUCCAGAAAACGGUGCUCAUGAGCCACCGAAAGAGUCGAAUGGCGUCACGACGAAUGGCGUCGCCGAGGAGCCGUUGAAGCACGAUUUGAUGAAAAAUCGAUCGACGGUUCUUGAGCACGACAAACCGGUGGAAUAUGAGAAGACCGAUCCGGUCAUUGAUGUUGUCCUUGAAGCUUGCGCCAGUGAGAGCGAGCAUCUUGACGCCGCGCAGAAGGAGCCUCAACAGCAGAGCACUGAGCCGUCGCCGAUGCCAACGAUGUUCAUGCUCAAUAAGCCAGGAGUGCUCUAUAAAGGACCACGAUUUGCUCGCUGCUAUUAUUUCGACGUUGCCACGAUACCGCACAAUGAGGACGGCAAAAUCACGCUAGAGAUGCUGCAGCUCGCCGAGUUCACCUCGAAAAUCCGAGCUCGACAUUAUAUUGUACAUUCGAAGGAUAUCGCGAAGAGCGCGCUUGAGGGAAUUUUUGACGGCAAGAAGAAAAGCGUUCAACAAGAUCAUCCGACGGUAUUCUAUCCGACGCACCAUUCACCAAUAUUGUCGGACUUUAAACGGGAGAUUGAGUCGUAUUUGUCGUCGACGCUCACAUCGUUCCAGGCGGCCGUCGACAGGCAAAUUACGAAAUUGACGGCGUCGCAUGGAGAAUCAGAAUACAAGCUUGCUCGUUUUGACAUUCUCGAUUGA